CUCUGUCUGGUGAGCAGGCCAAAGCGCAGUCGAGUAUCGGCGCAUCUGGUUCAGCUAUCCGAUGUAGUUGAAAGAAAGAGAGAUAAAGAGGGUGAGUUUCAGAAAUUUUACACCAGUGGUUUUCACGCGCAAAGGAUAUUACGAGAAAAUACAGAAACAGAAUGAAGAACAACGACUGUAACGGAAGCGUGGACCCAUAAUUCCACCGUGUUCCAUCGUUUCCGCAAGCACGAUCAGCCGCAGCUCUGCUACUUUCGCCAAAACGAAGACAGGAGGUUUCAUCAUGAGACCCCGAUCUUCGACCGCCGGGGCGGGUGGUGCCAUGAUGUUGAACCGGUAUAACCAUAACAGCAGCGGCAGCACUUCUUCUGGCCAGCGGACUUCUGCGCACCAGGCUCCAACCAAACCCUUGAGCAGCCUGGACGCCGUGAGUAAUUUGGAGAUGCACUUUGUCCAUCACGACCUGUGGCAGGAGGGCCAGUUUCUUACGCUCAUCGAGCAGAUCGAGGCCUUGUCCAACAAAUUUGUCCGGGUCUGCGAUGUACACAGCCGGAAUUUAUCCCGCGCAGACAUGCUGGCGACCAUGCGUACCCCGUACGCACUGGAACAGUGCAGAAUCAACCGCGAUCAGGAAUUUCAAGGUUUGAUGAAGAUUCCGAUGCGUUUUUAGUAAAUGCUAGUGUAGUUGUGGUCGGCGCAGCCGGAAGUGCAACAAGAAAAAUUUGUUUAUAACAUAAGAAAAUAAGAAAUCCACCAAUAAAAGAUCGAGAAUGCUUGUUUCUAGCACAACAUCUACCAAAAAACAGAGAUCGCUGCGGUCGCCACGGCGGAGCUGAAGGGGCUCUCGCAAGACAUUGCGGAGGCGGAAUCCUCUGUGCCAGUGCUGGCAAUAGAUAAACAGGCGCGGGGGAUGCUGAAGCAAAUGCAAACGGUAUGUUACUGAUUUUACGAAUUUUGCUGUAGUGCAUCUACGUAAAAGUUUUUCAUGACUUGCAAUUUGGCUGUACUAGAUUUUGCGUGAAGAGUUCGUUUGACGACGUAGACUAUCAGAAAACUACUCCUUGAAACAAAUACAGAAUGUCCUCCAGGAAGAGCAGGACCGCAUUGCAAUGCUCGAGUCCGCUCUAACGAAAAUGGAAACGCGCUUCAAGGAGGUCCGCACUUCGCUCGCAGACGCGGCACAAGUCAGGAGAACGUCACACGACAGACUACUGGGGCUGAUAGAAAACGUACUUGUGAAAGAAGUAGUGGUUCUUGUGAAUUGAUGGUUCGGUGUUGAAGCUAGCACAGAAGAUGUAAUUCCGUAUCAUACAUGGGAAAACAUUUAUCUUCUUGCAUUUGCAAAUAGCUGAAAUACAAAUACAAGAAACGGAAACGUACAACACCCCAGUGCGAGUCGUCCCUCGGAUCCCACCUGGAAAACGAGCGGUACGCACGGCAGGCCGCAGCGGAGCGGAUGUUGAAUCUGUUCGAAAACCUGCUAGGCUGCGUGGAGUUGCGACAAGAGCAAGAGGCACUGGCGCCCCUGAUCCGACCCACGAGCGACGGCGGGCUUUCGCCGCGAACCAUGCGGCUGCUCGCCCAGUAUGGGCGUGAUGCUGGAGGAAUCAAAUCCGCACAAGCAGCGGCUCGCGGACUAGCUACUGGUGGAAUAACGACAGCUAUCUCAAGAAAAAAGUGUUACAGUUACACAUUUGUUGGAGUUUCUGCAUCACAGAUUUUCUCUGCGUGGCAGAGAAAACUUGUAAUGCAAAGAUCAUAAGGGAAAAUACGUAGAAAACGAGACUCGCAAGCACUUCCUGGAUGUUAAAAGUUGUCUGUCUUGCGGCCCCCUCAACACAAUGUGUAACUGUAGCACUUUUUUCUUGCGAUAACAGCAGGACGAGCUGCAGGAGGACCUUCAACAUCAGCGGCGCAGAUGAUGCAGCGACCUGCAGGUAGAGCCAGUCCAGCCCCUUCUUCGUCACCCAACGGACUUCCUUUUAGCGGCAAGGAAGAACCCCCGACAUCAUAUUCCCUCUUCGGUCCACCGAGUGGACCUCCUCGCACAGCACCGCACCAGGGCAUCUCCUCCUCGUCUGCCAGUAGCUCCACAGCAUGGCCGGGCGCAAUAGACGCGGGGAACCCGAGCAGCGUAGCAGCAGCAGACGAGAAAGAGGAUCUGUUUCUCUUCCAGCGCGGCAAUGUUGAUGAAGCUCGACCAGGACCGUCCACUUCGUCCUCGUCAAGGCCGGGAAUGGUAGUAACUGGCCAACCUGCGAAUGAUAACGACGAGGACAUAAUCCUCGAGGAUAUAUUAGUGGACGAACCCCCAGCCACCGCACCCGCAGGGUCUGCGCCCUCCUCACUUCCAAGGGCCUGGGCGGGGCUGGACUCGCUGGCAUCGGAACAGGAUAAUUUGCCACCAGUGCAGGCAUUCACCCGGCCGGCUGAACAACGGGGCGCCGUGGACCCGUCUCUAGCAGACAUGUACGCUAGUAUCAAGUCCAGGCUGCACAUGGAACAGAACCAAAAUCAAAAUGACUUUUUGGACCAGCGGGACGGUUUUGGUGAGUUAUAGAGGUGGCCUCUGAAGAAGAUGGUCAGUCAAUAUAUGCAGGACUGACUGCUGCUGGUGCUGUACAACUGCGCAUGAAGUUCUUUCGCUGUUCUCGUGAGUGUUGGUACUGUCUUCAUUCAUGUCCUCCACCCGGCUUCCUGACACUCCUAGUCGCACCGGAUGAGAAGACUCCCUGAUUUCCAUAGGUGAAAAAAACAACAACGACCAGCCAACAUAGACCAAGCAAGAACAGCACCAAUUGCAACAAUGUUUGCUCCAUCAACAGUGCUGUUCGUGGAAGUUCCGUUCUGGUUCUUCUGCUACGUAGUGCCUUUUUUCAGCGAGCACUCUCCCACUAAAUCUAGAUCACAAGUCACACGCCUCGACGCCAGAAGUAACAUCAUUUUCGACGGCGCAUGAACGCGAUCUGAAAUUCCCGUUUUGGGCUGCCAGGAAUUUUUCAAAGGAUAUAUUCCGAAACUCAGCAAUAAACGC